GGAUAGCAUUCAUACACUUGUUGCCUCAAACGCAGACGGAUAAAGACACGUAUAGACAGGGCUGUUCUACAUUGUGGUGGACUGCAAGGAGAUCCCCAGAGGGAAGAUGGAGAGAUUUAAGAUUACAAGGAGAAGAGACAAAGCAGAGAGACACUCAUUGACACGGAGCCAACAUGAAUGAGACCACAGUGAGAAAGAGAACAAGCAGGAGAGCAUGACACAGGUCAGCGGCAGGCGGAGGAGGCUGUGAUUAAUGACGUUCAAAACUGUGGAGGUGUCUCGCUGCAGAUCCAGCCUCCCCUGUGUAUCCUCCUCCUCCUCCUCUUUUCUCUCCUGCAGUUCACUUCUCUACAUCUCUUAUGACACAACUUAAUACAGCUGUGCUCCCAACCGGUCACAUUAUUCUCCCUCUGCCUGGAAACAACUGUGCAGCCGCAGAGCUCCUCAGGAUAGAGCUCAACACCCUGAGCCAGCGUUACUUUAGCACUGCACCUGGGUGGCAGCUGUGGCAGCUUUCAGCUCUUACCUGACUGAAUCAAGAGGACAUUUCUCAGCUUUUUCUUUUUUCGAGUGUUGACUGGGAACCUUCAUAAGCUCAGGUGUGUGAUUCUGCAGGACCCCCUUUCUGUGCCUCGUGAAUGAUAGAUGUUGUAAAUAUCCUUGGGCUCCUCUCAGCUGUUUUUUAUUACUGGGCGUUGCUGUGAGGAAUUUUACGUGAAGACUGAGGUGCUUUCGGCAGAUUUCUCACCUGGACGCUGAGGAGGCAAGCAGGAUGGACUUCCUUUACUUUUGGCUUCUCACCACGACUCUGAUGUUGACCCAUCAGCAUCAAGCCUCUACCUUCUCUGUCACGAGCCCCACAACGGAGGAGGGCCCCCUGGAGCAGCUCCCCCACACGGCCCACCGGCGAGAGAAACGCUGCUCCUGCGAGAACCAGAAGGACAAGGAGUGUAUUUUUUUCUGCCACAUUGGCAUCGUCUGGGUCAACACCCCGAGCCACGUGGUUCCUUACGGGUUUGGUUCAGUCCGCCUCAGGAGGGAGCUCGGCCGCUGCCUCUGCACAGACAAACAGGACGCCGAGUGUUUGAGCUUCUGCUCCGUCCAGAGGCAAGCAGAAGGGGAAAAUGCUGAGGUGAAGACAGAGACUGACAAACGAUUGAAGAGUAACAGAGCUGCAUUCUGGGAAAAAAGGAGCCGACACACACUCAAACACCAGACCUGAGAGAGAGGAGAAACUACACCAACGGAGGUCCUUUAUGCAUCAGAAAUAACCACAAUGGACCCUUUAGUUCGUCUCUCUGCCCUGAUGACAGUUUGGACAUGUACAGUGUGUGUGUAUUAUGUAAAUGUAAUGAUGGUGAAGUAUUAGGAUAGGAGUGCUGACUACUGACAAGCUCAUCUUUUUGACAUUUGGCUGAUGACACACAGGGAGGGAGUUGAACCUGUGACCUUUCUGUUACUGGAUGAUCUCAGCUGAUUUGUAAUACUGAGGGGCGGAAAACAUUUCAGUUUAGGCUGCUACCAGAAAUUACACAGCUUUGGGAAGAAAGGCCCAGAAAUGUACAACUUAUUGGUUUUUAAAGGUCCAGCGUGGAGGAUUUAGUGGCCUCUAGUGGUGAAAUUGCAGUUUGCAACCAUUUGAAUCCGGCUCGCCUCGCCCUCCCCUUCCAAGUGUGUAGGAGAAACUACGGUGGCCACGAAAAAAAAAAACCCCUAACGGCCCUAUCUAGAGCCAGGGUUUGGUUUGUCCGUUCUGGGCUCCUGUAGAAACGUGGCGGUGCAACAUGGCGGCCUCCGUGGAAAGAGACCCGCUCCCUCUGGAGAUAUAGACGGCUCAUUCUAAGGUAACGAAAACACAACGCUUCUUAUUUUCAGGUGAUUGUACACUAAUGAAAACACACUUCUGAAUAUUAUAUUCCAUGUCUGCUAAUAGCUCCUCCUAAAUGUGACACACUGGACCUUUUAAUUCCAAAUUCUUCCUGUAAAGUGUCGGUGCAGUCAAACACAGCUCUGUUGUUGUGGGCGGAAAACCUCACAUCUCCAGCCUUGUUUUUACACACAUUUACAUUUGUCUGCGUUAGUUUUAUGGGUUUUUAUGAAGACCGGUGAUAUAUAGAUCAUACGGAGGGCCAUUUACAUAGAAAGUAUUUGCAUGGACACUUUUAUUUCUCUGUGUUCACGUACAGUCAUCUGACGUAAUAUUUAAGAGAGGGCCGUCAAAAACAUUUGAAGAAUGAAGUGAUUUUGAGCAAAAAGCCAUAAUAUGAAAACAAAGUUCUAAUUUUAUAAGAAAAGGUCAUAAUACUGUAAUAUGAGUUAAAGCUGUAAUUUUAGGAGAAAAUAAAAUUACAAUAAGUCGUACUUUUCAAGAAAAAGUCGUAAUCUGAUAUGAGAAUAAAGUCGUGGGAACAGAUAUAUUUGGAGAGCAGUGACGUAUGUUGUGACUGGGGAACACUGGAUUAUGUGGACACUAUCACAGUUACUGACUCUAAACUAACUGUAGUUUUUCUCAAAGUAUGAAUAAACAUUUUUGUCAAGUUAUGACUUUAUCUUGAAAUAGGACUUUUUCAUGUAAAAUUACAACUUUAUUCUCAAAUUAUUACAAUUAUUUUAUAAAAUUACAGCUUUAUCUUGAAAUGGUACAACUUUUUCUAGUCUGACUUUAUUAUUGAACUAUUAGAUUUUCUUGUAUAUUUUCAACUUUAUUCUUGAGAUGUUACAACUUGUAAUAUUAUGAUUUUUUGUUCUCAAAACAGUAAAAUUUCUCUUAAAACAUAAAAUAUUUAGACUUUAUUUUCAAAAUCUCAGCAGCGGCCUGUCAUCACCUUCUAGAUUUGACUUUUUGACAAAGAAUAAGCUAUUACAAACAUUGUGUGAUUUUAGAGGUUUCUUGCAGUGAACUCUGAAAUCAUAGUUCCUGCAACUGUGCAUAGACAACAGGACAACAUUUUUAAAAGCUAUGAAAUGUUCACUGUAAUGGAUCCUCAGUAGGUUUCAUGUCUCUGCAAACUUUCCAGUGUCCUGAAGUGAAAGUAGGAACAUGUGGCUGAACAUGUGGCAGCAGCUGUAGUAGCUUUAGAAAAUGGUCCCAAAGCAUAACUUGAAGAAUAAGUUAUGAACAGUGAGCUAAAACAUGUCAAACCAACCGUACGGUGCUUAGGUUUUGUUAAAUAUUAUGUCACAUUUGAACUGGAGUUAUGAGGUUUUCCCAUAACAAGAGUGUCCUGUAGCUGUCGGUCAGUCGUCCUGUUCUCACAGCUUUAGAAAUCUUUGUCUGAAUGUGAAUGGUAAUGUCUCAGUUUUACAGUUUGUGUAAACAACACAAAACAUGUUGUUGUUGUUUUGGAGAAUCUUUUUAUUUUCACAAGAAUGCAUGCAGUUUAAUUAUUGUGCUAAGUCUCCAGCAGAGUUGUUCUUUUAUGCCUUAUUGAUAACUUUAGUUAUUCCUCCAACAUGUCAAAGUAUCCCUGAAAAUGACACAAAGAGAUGUUGGACUGUAAAACAAAUAUUUAUUUACCCUACACUGAAGUAUACUCACAAUGUGUAACCUCCCUCUGCGCAUGUGGAAUAUAACCAAAAUAACGUUUAAAUACAUCAGCCUCUCAACAGAACUGUAAGUACUUUAAGUGCCAUCAGCGUCUCCUCAGUAGUAUAACUCAGUCUGUCAUUAGAGGCAGGAGUGGCGGGUUGGUGACUUGACCUUUUGCUGGAAGUGACGGGACUGCUGACUCUGAUCCGAGGCGCUGUGCCCAUGUAACCCCUUUACGCCCGUCAGAAAACCACAACACGCUCGGCUCUCUCUCACUUUUUCUCACUGUAGUUCCUUCAGGCCAAAAAAAGAACAGGUAAGAAUGUAAUGAACUGUGAGGCCUCGGGACAGUUUGAAACGUGAUUACAGAAACAGCUCAUGUUAAGUGCUGCCUUCUAGGACUGAUGAUACAGAAACUGAGGUUUUCUGUCCCUAUUUUAAUCUUUCUACCUGUACUUCACAGUAAACUUAAACUUUAAACAAAGAUAAAACAAGGAUUCAUUUGUUAGUAUUAAACAUUGCUGGGAAAUUCAUGUAUUAUGCAUCUCUAAAGACGCUUCUUCACGUACAAGUCCUUCAACAUGGACUCUUACUGAAAGAUUAGUGCCCCUUGUGGAUGAAAGUGGAAGUUUACUGAGCUUAAUAAAAAACACCUACAGUUCAUAUUUUGUGAAAUAGCAAGUGACAUAAUCUAGAAAUGAAAAUCUACAACUAAGUGCAAAGAAAACUUUAUUAGGACGCUACGGAGACCGCCCGGGGUCACAUGGUAGAAAAAAAUAAUGAUUUGGAAAUCAGUUUAGCAACAAAUGCUAACAGAUUGCUAAACUGAGCACGUGGUUUAGGGGGGCAUAUAAAUAAUAAUAAUAAUUCAGCAGUUUUUAAGUAACGUAAUGGACCAUUUAACUGUCACACCAGCGACAUGAAAGCACAGACUGAUAACUGGUGUGAGUCACAGCACGUUAGCCACUGUACAAUUCCUCUUUGAUUGUCAAAGCACAAGUUAUCUCAAAACUCGUCUCCUAAUCUAAAUUUUAUCCUCACAUUCAAAACAUUUAGCAUGUCCCGAUCAAGAUAUUUGGUGUCUGCGAUAACAAGGCCAAACCAGAUUCAGUGUGUCUUCAGCGGGACAGAGAUGGGGAUGUUGACAAAAGGCUUUGAACCUGGACUGUUGGCUGAAAAAUUGCCUCUUUUUUUAAUAAUAUAUGUUUCUGAGGCCUUGUUUCAUCAGACUGGGUUAUUUUAAAGU